AUGGAGAAUAUGGGAGCUAGAGUGAUAGAGCCAUUGAUAAUGGGAAGAGUGGUAGGAGAUGUUCUUGAUUUCUUCACUCCAACAAUUAAAAUGAAUGUGAGCUACAACAAGAAGCAAGUCUCCAACGGGCAUGAGCUUUUCCCUUCCUCUGUCUCCUCGAAACCUAGGGUUGAGAUCCAUGGUGGUGAUCUCAGAUCCUUCUUCACCUUGGUGAUGAUAGACCCUGAUGUUCCAGGAAAAGAGGUGGUGAGCUAUGAGUUGCCAAGGCCUAACAUAGGGAUACACAGGUUUGUUUUUGUUCUGUUCAAGCAGAAGCAACGACGUGUUAUCUUCCCAAAUAUUCCUUCGAGAGAUCACUUCAACACUCGCAAAUUUGCAACCGAGUAUGAUCUUGGUCUUCCUGUCGCUGCUGUCUUCUUUAACGCUCAGAGAGAAACUGCAGCUCGCAGACGUUAA